GGGGAAUCGAAGGUGUUCAGCAGCUGUGACGUCAAAUUCACGCGUCCGUGUUGUCGACGUACAGCACCGUUUGCGGUUCACAUCAUGGUGGCGUUUCCGAGUUCACUGACGGAGGAAGAAGAGGCCCUGCAAAAGAAAUAUGCUAAACUCAAGAAAAAGAAAAAGGCGCUGCUCGCCUUGAAGAAGCAAAGUUCCACCAACCAGACAAACCAGAGUGGCUUGAAACGAACAUUGUCGGACCAGCCCGUCGUUGAUACUGCCACAGCGACAGAACAAGCAAAGAUGCUCAUCAAGUCAGGUGCCAUCAGCGCCAUCAAAUCAGAGAACAAGAACUCAGGCUUUAAACGCUCUCGAAUGCUGGAGAUUAAACUCAAGGACCCUGAGAAAGGCCAAGUUCCUGCUUUCUUACCAUUCCAGAGGAGUGUCUCUGCGGAUGAAGAACAACCUGAGGCUGGGAAGAGAGCCCACAGGAAAUCUCUGUACGAGAGCUUUGUCAGUUCAAGCGACCGAUACCGGGAUGAAGAAGACGGAGGCGGCAUGUCAGCCACCCGCGAUGUGGACAGAGAUAGAGACAGAGAGAGAGAGAGAGACAGAGAGAGAGACAGAGAGAGAGAGCGAGACCGCGAAAGAGAUCUGGAAAGAGAGCGAGACAAGGACAAAGACAGGGACAAAGAGAGAGACAAAGAGAGAGACAAAGACAGAGACAAAGAGAGAGACAAAGACAGAGACAAAGAGAGAGACCUCGAACGGGACAGGGACAGGGAUGGAGACAGGGACAGAGAUCGGGAACGAGAAAGAGACAGAAGCAGAGACAGGGAUCGAGAGCGAGAUAGGGACCGGGAGAGAGACAGAGAUGGACCAUUUAGACGGUCGGACUCGUACCCAGAGCGGAGAGGAGUGCGAAAGGGGAACACAGUGUAUGUUUACGGCUCUGGGCUCGUCGAGGACAGCCUGCGCUCUGCCUUCUCUCAACACGGCAACAUCAUCGACCUCUCCAUGGACAACCCACGCAAUUGUGCAUUUAUCACGUUUGAGAAGAUGGAGUCUGCAGACCAGGCUGUAGCAGAGUUGAACGGGAGCACGGUGGGAGACGUUCACAUCAAAGUCAGCAUCGCCAGGAAGCAGCCCAUGCUGGACGCUGCCACCGGCAAAUCAGUGUGGGCUUCGCUGGCUGUGCAGAACAGCACGAAAGGCUCCUACAGGGACAAGAGGAACCAAGUCGUGUACAGUGAAGAUUUCCUCUGAUGAAG